UCGGGUUCAAGCUCCGCCCACGCACGCUUUGGGUUCGUCCUCGCUUUAAACAUUAAAUGCCCACUUGAAAGUCCGAAUGGAUAUCCACAUCUCUGGAGGAAUAAAUACACACAGGGUUAUGAUGCAGUGGAGUUAAAAUGCAAUGGCGAAGACGCAUAAAUCAAAAGGAGGAUGCAAAAUUUUGCGUUACUGCUGGAAGGGACAAAGUGGGGCUUGACAUCCAAUACAUCAAUGCCUUCAAAGAUGACCAGUGACAGAAGUCAGACUGAAAUGAUUAUGAGCGCCGUGAGCCAGACGAGGCCAGUGCUUGACCGAGCCACCAGAGUUGAAAAGGCUCUUGAAGAGAAAACAAAUCAAGAAGUUCCCAAGACCACAAAUUCCAAAUCAGCAAAUGGAACCGUUGAACAGAUGACCAGUGACAGAAGUCAGACUGAAAUGAUUAUGAGCGCCGUGAGCCAGACGAGGCCAGUGCUUGACCGAGCCACCAGAGUUGAAAAGGAUCUCGAUGAGGAAAUGCCUCAGGAAAGUCCCGAGACAACAAAUUCUUCAUCAUCAAAAGAAGUUGUUGAACAGGUGACAAGUGAGAAAAGCCAGAUUGAGAGGACUGUGAGUGGCCUGAAUCAGACAAGUCCAGUGUUGGAUGUCCUCCCUGUGUUUGGACAGGAUCAACAGUCUGAUGUUACCCUUGAUGAUAUCCAAGUUCACAGAGAUUUCUACAGAUUCCCAGUUCCCACCACACAGCUGGCCAAGGUUUCCAAACUGCUGUCAAUGCAAAAAGGAUGUCUUUCUGGUCUGCAAGGGAAAUCCCUGGAUGAGAUUGCACUUGAAGGUGAAAUUGCGUUAAGUGAUGCUGAGGCCGAGGAUAGUCAGAGGGAGUCAGAUGACAACGGCACAACAUUCACAUCACACUGUGGAAAUAUCAAGCCUGUGGAUGCUGCAUCUGUUUCUGCAUUAGCAGAGGAGGCUCAUGACACUGAAGGUUUUGGAAACGAUGCUGCUCAACAACGGGAUUCCAGAAGAAUAACAAAGAGAACGUGGUCUAAGGCUGAAGUUGCUGCAGUAAUGCGACAUUUCAGAGAUCACAUAUCUAAAGGAAAAUUGGCCACCAAAAAUGAAUGCAGUCACUGCAAGCUGGUAGAAGACCCUGUGUUAGCCCAGAGAACAGUGCAAAAUAUCAGAGACUUUGUGAGAAAUCGAGGAACAGCUGCAAAGAGGCAGCCACAGAAGCAUAAGCUUUAAGUUCAUUUGCAGUUAUUCUCUUGUGUUGUAAUUUUUCUGUUGCCUUAAUAUGUUUCGUAACAGCGAGUUGAGUGCACUUGCUUUUAUUUAUGUCUGCACACUUUUUCGUACUUUUCUUUGAUUUUAGCUGUUGUAUGUUUUAAGUUGUGUAGACAGAUCUUUAAGUGCAAUUUUACUUUUUUCGGAUAAUAAACCGACUGUUCCAUUAA